UGAAUCCCCCAUGGUAUGCACCGGUGUGGAACUACAAUUUGCACUCACUCCGCUUUCCCUGAAUCCACAUCAUGUGACUUCCUUCAAUUCGAUUCCUUCUCAGUUUGGAAGGGCAACAGAAGAGUCACCAGCCAAGAGUGCCAUGAAGGAGGAGUGCUUCCGGGUCAGGGAUCCCAAGUGGCGGAAGGAGGGGAGAGGAACAGCCAGAAGAGCAGCCCUUCCACCGCCUCUUCCCCCCUCCCCCGCAGGAUGGAGAACCGCGCGCGGCCAGGCGUCGGGGUGGGCGUGGUCGUGACCAGCCCCGCCCACCCUGGCUGCGUCCUAUUGGGCAAGCGGAGGAGCCUUGUCGGGCGAGGGUCCUUCCAGCUCCCCGGAGGACACUUGGAAUUCGGUGAAAGCUUUACAGAAUGUGCAGAAAGAGAGACCCUAGAAGAAGCAGCUCUACACCUUAAAAAUAUCUGGUUUGCUUCCACUGUAAAUGCUGUUAGUCUGAAGAAUAAUUACCACUACGUGACUAUCUUAAUGAAAGGAGAAGUCGAUAUGAAUCAUGACUCUGAACCAAAAAAUCUGGAACCGGAUAAAAAUGAAAGUUGGGAAUGGGUAAAGUGGAAAGAGUUUCCUUCACCGGAUCAGCUGUUCUGGCCUUUACGUUGUUUAAAAGAGCAAGGUUACGAUCCUUUCAAAGAAGAACUAAAUCACCUUAUGGAAUAUACUGGAAAUCACCUUUAUGUAACAAAUGAAAAUUAGACUUAUUAUGUAGGGUAGGGGUGUAAACAAUAUGGCCCUCCAGAUGGCCAGCAAAUCUCAGCAGCCCUAGGUAAUAAUGGUGAGGAAUGCUGGGAGUUACAAUUCAGCCACAUCUGGAGGGCUGAAUUAUUUCCACCCAUUGUGGGGUGUUGUUUUUUUCAUAGCAACUGAUUUUUUUUUUUUUUUUUUUUUUUUUUUGUGAAAUAAAGAACUGCAUCUC